UCAUAGCAACAGGGCGGCGCGUAUAAACCAGCGUCGCGGCGCACGGCCCAGCAGACCUAGCCCGCCGCGCCCGCGACCCACCCCGCCCGCAGCGCGCUUCCCGGAGAGUCGUGUGAGAGUUUAGCUUCAGUUCGAGGCGGAAUGGAUAACAGCGGUGUGCCUACAAGCGCCAUGGGGGACGCCUUCAUCCCAUGGCCUAACGAUGAUGAUUUCUGGAAGGAAGUUGUUGAUGAUUCUGAUCCCGUUGCCUUUGGUAGUAAAUUGAUGAAUUACGAGAUGCAUUUCGAUAAUCAAAAGAUGACGGAGGAAAUGACGCUGCAGGAACCAACCCCGGCGGUGUCCAGCAACCUGGCUGUCGACAACGUGAUGCCUGACACGGGGGGUCCCGCUGCAGGCCCCGUGACCCCUUCUGUCCGGCAGCACACUCCGGCCUUCCCGGACUACUCAAACUUUAGCCAGUCUGAGCCAGUGUCACUCUACGGGACGAACCUCAGCCCCCAAAUGCUGAUGCCUGACCAAGGCCACGCGUCUUCAAGCUCCUGGGCUCCGCCUGCCCCACCUCAGACGGCGCUCCCGAUGCAGGUUGGGGUCGUGGCCCAAAGGACACCGGACAUGGCUGCCCCGCAUCCUCAGGGGGCCAUAGAUACUUCAUGCCCGGGUUCGUCCACAGGGGGAAGGAAGAGGAAAGUCACGAAUGCUUCCAACGGCUCCAAGACGACGAGUGUUGAGAAGCUAAAGAAAUGGCAGCUGACGACUCCGUGUGAGGACCCGGAUGAAGAGAGGAAGAGACAGAACGCCAUCAAGUCACACAAUGACAGAGUGAAGAAGAACAAUGAGGUUAAGGCAAUGGAAAAGUUGAUUCUCUGCCUGCAGCAACAGUUCCAGGAGCUGAGGCAGAAAUAUUCCCUCCAGGAACAAGAACUGAAGAAAGUACGGCAAGAAUUGAGGGAAGAGAAACAAAAAAAUUUAACCCUGAAAUAUGAAAUUUCCAGCCGCAAUCAAGAAAUGAUGGAACAAAACCAAAUUCUGAACGAGUUUCUGCAGCAAGCCAAGCUCAUCGGCUGAGGCCCUGAUGGGAUAGAAACAUUCUGAGCGAGCUGCUGCAGCACGCCGGCAAGAACACACUGGUUGAGGCAUCUCAGCUCGGCCGCAGGUCAGCGCGUCGCCAUCACCAUCCUACUCCUCUGUGCUGCCGUGACCUGUGGCCUAUGUCGGUCCUAGUUACUCCAAGCACCAUCCUAUCCCUUACUCCUGUGUGGGCCGGGACCUGUGGCCUACGUGAGGCACGGCAAUGACUGCACUCUAGUUUUUCAGGUGGUCUGGCUGUCUGGACGCGGCGCCUGAGUCAGGACGCGCCCCUGAGGGACGCCGCGCCGCCCACCGACACACACAGAUAAGUACCGCACCGUCCUGACCUUGGCAGCAUUACGUUAGCGAGGCACUGUGAGGCGCCAGGCACGCUAGUUUGAUCUGACUUGUACGACCUUCCCGAGUUCAUUAGACGCCGUGUUCUUUAAAUGGCUCCCACAAGGCACACAAAGACAGAUUUGCCAUAACGCUAAUACUACAAGGCUUAAAAGUUUUUUGAUUUUAUUUUUGAGUUGCUUUACUGCAAGUUUUUUUUUAUUUGAAUUUCAUUUGUUCAAAUCUAGAGAGAGAGAGAGAGAGAGAAUGGAUGGAGUGGGGGUGGAGGCUGGUGAGCAAUUAGGAAUCAGAGUCACAAAACAACAUCGGCACAAACGUCGUCGCUCCGCCGUCCACACAGCCUUGCCGGGGCCGCCACACGUCACCGCGGGGCACUGGUGGAUGCAGGCGUCAUGUGUGGAAUGAUGUGUGGAGUAUUUUUUUUUUUUUUUUACAGCAAGGGAGGCCGUUCAAUUCCACCAGGCGUCGCUGCACUAACACACUUUUUCCUCCCAAACUGACCUCGUCUCUCCUCUCUGUCCACUCCUACUUUAUUUCUUUCAUCGGAACAACGUCAGGCGGGCUUUUUCUUGUUGUUGUUGUUGUUGUUGUUGUUGUUGUUGUUGUUGUUGUUGUUGUUGUUGUUGUUGUUGUUGUUGUUGUUGUUGUUGUUGUUGUUGUUGUUUUCUUCUUAUUCUUCCUCUUCUUUUUCUUCUUCCUCUUCACCCGUUAGUAUUGGUGGAUGUGAUUUUUUAUUAUUAUAUUUCUCUCUGCAUUCGAUUUCAUUUUACGUUCUAUUGUACUCGUAGUGAGAUGCUUUUGUUUAUCUGUGUCACUUUUCUGUUCUUUUUUUUUAUUUCUUUUGACGUUUUCGCUUUGUUUUAUCUAUUUAUUUUAUUCAAGGCAACACAGAAGCUUUUUCAGACUACCACCAGGGUCAUAAAACUAACCCCCGCAAGGAAAGGUGAGUGUGUGUGUGUGUGUGUGUGUGUGUGUGUGUGUGUGUGUGUGUGUGUGUGUGUGUGUGUGUGUGUGUGUGUGUACAUACCUAUUUAUCUACCAAUCUAUUAGUCUAUCCGCUUAUUUCUAUCCACAAUCUAUCGUCCAUGUUCUUGUAUCUAUCCAUCUAUCUAUCUUCACAUCUAGUCAUUCAUGCAUCUACUUUUUCAGCAACGGAGGCAGUUCAAGGAUGAAAACACAAGACAAUUAAUAAAAAAAAAGGCCGCUGUCUACCUGUUAUUCCGUCCACGUUUUCAUUAUUCAUUCAUUAACUAUCUCACUUAUUCGCUUAUCUACUUAUCUAACUGCACAUCAUCUCUUAAUUAAUACAUAUCAUUCAUCUGUUCAUUAUGUAUCCUAUUCAUUCGCUUACCUAUAUUUAUCUAACUGCACAUCAUCUCUUAAUUAACACAUAUUCAUCUGUUCAUUAGUAUCCUAUUUAUUCGCUUAUCUACUUAUCUAACUGCACAUCAUCUCUUAAUUAAUACAUAUCAUUCAUCUGUUCAUUAUGUAUCCUAUUUAUUCGCUUACCUAUAUUUAUCUAACUGCACAUCAUCUCUUAAUUAACACAUAUCAUUCAUCUGUUCCUUAUGUAUCCUAUCUAUUCGCUUAUUCAUCAACGUUAUUCAUCAGUCUGUCAACCUAUUCAACAGUCAGGCAAGUUUUUCCAUCCGUCCAUCCAUCUUUUUAUUUAUUUUCGGCAAUGGAGGCAGCUCAAAGGGCAACAAAAAGUAACAAACAAACAAAAGCCAGCUAAGCACAGGUCCAGGAAAAGGUGUUAACGUGAGUGUCUCCAACAGAUCAAUUUCAGGUGAAGUGUCUUGGUGAUCCUGCUCGCUUUUCUGUUUUCUUUCAGUAUUGCGUUCGACAGGUGAGGCUCGAUGCGGAUGGAGGCUGGCAGGUGCGAGGACCGUGAACAGGUAUCGCGGGGCAGGUGGACGAGAGGGACAUAGGCGCCAUACACUGGACACAUCACUGCGCGUCACCCAAGGCUGGCAGGUGCGAGGGCCGUGAGCAGUUAUCGCGAUGCAGGUGGACGAGAGGGACAGCCGCGCCGCACACUUCACACCUGCCCGCCAUCCACCCAAGGCAGCACUCUACCUUAAUUUGCUUUCCUUCUCCUUCUUCUUCAUAAUCCGCGCCACGGAACAAAGGGCUGAGGCCACACGAGCGAGGCCGCCGCUGCCGGAUCCUUCACGGAGGACGUCAAAUAUGGGUUUCAUUUCCCGCGUGUCUGAGGCGAGGCGGCGCGAGGCGAGGAGGGGCGUCACAGAGAGUGUCUCCAGCUCGUGUUCGCGGGCGGGACUCCUUUCCAAUGGCCGCUGAAUUGAAAAAGAGGGUUCGUCCUAAACGCCCAGAGGUAUUAGGACGAUUUAAUUACUCGAAAUUUGCUGAGGCAGGAAUCAAGCGGACAUCAAGUAAGCUGCCCACAAAAGAUAGGAAGACAGCGAGCAUCAGUAGUGGCUGUAAUGUUUUCUUUUAAUAUUAGGGUGUAAUAUUUUUCUCUUGCAAUUGUCAUUUUUUAUUUUUUUUCCUGAAAUAUUUUCAUUUUAUUUCUUGUGUGCUCCAUUUAUGCAUCACUAUAUACCACUGACACUGUUUGAGACUAGUAUUGUUUAUAACUAAUUGUGGGAUAACACUCAGAUGGAGGUUACGAUGACACGACACCUCUUAUUAGGCGCUGUUCACACUGUGCCGUCUCUUGGGCCACAACAACCCAGCGACUCUAAGGCCUCCUUCACACUGUGUCGACUCUUUCCGACCAUGUACGACCCUUUCACUUCAACAUUUCGCACCCAAGACCUCGUAUACCCCGAGACGCUGGGUUGUCGUGGCCCAGAGUCGGGACAGUGUGAACGGAGCUUUAGAUUUGUACUAUAAGACCCUUUCGCUGCUCACAUCAACUAUGUAUAAAUGUCAAAGAGGGGGUCAGUCGGGUUCUAAUGAGUGUUUCUUUAGGUUCAUGGUACAGAAGGAGGGUCAGACUACCACCAGGGUCAUAAAACUACUCCUGGAUAUGCCCAAAACUCCUGCGAAAGGCCUGGGAAUAAUGUGAACUUGUGCGAUGAAAUGUUAAGUAGUGCGGCCCUUAAUCUCCUAUAAUUGGUAAUGCACUUGUCCGCUAAAUGUUUGACUCUAUUACUUUUUGCUUUCCAUUGAUGUUAUUUUCGUUUCAUAUCCGUUGAUGAUUUUUAAAACUUUCUACGGAUGUUUAUAUUUGAUUUCACGUCCGCUGAAAAUCUCAUCUUUUUACUUUUUAAUUAAUGAUGUUUCGUUUCUUUU